ACUUCUCUUGCUCCACAAACACAAACACACUCCAUAUUUCGUACAUAUUCUACCCCACACUCCGGACCAUCUUAACUGCAGGAACACACACGCGAAUGACACCAGCAGCGACGGCACAUCCGGGUGUCAGGGCCAAGAAGCGAGUGGCAGUGAUUGGAGCUGGUUGCGUGGGCUUAGCAGCCAUCAAAUCGUGCCUUGAAGAACCGGAGCAUCUCGAGGUGGUCGGGUUCGAGCAAGAGUCCUACAGUGGUGGUCUCUGGCGCUAUGUGGAUGUCACGGCCGAGAACACGGACCCGCACUCAUCCGUUUAUCAGAGCACGAUCAUCAACACGUCGAAACCGAUGAUGACGUUUUCGGAUUAUGCGAUCCCAGGAUCUUGGCCGAUGUAUUUGCAUAAUAAGAAGGUCGUCCAGUACUUUGAUCUUUAUGCGGCACAUUUCAAGCUGGUGGAACAUAUCAGGUUCAGGACAAAGGUCGUUGAGGUCAAGGAGCUCAAGGAUGAGAAGCGAAGGUGGUUGGUGCGCUCACAUUCCUUGGGCGCACCCACGCCGCCGUCAUCUUCAACGAUGGCUACGUCAGAGAUUCAAGAGGAAGUGUUUGAUUAUGUGAUGAUGUGUACUGGACACCACUCCGUCCCACGGUACCCAUCCUUCCCCGGUAUGGACGCCUCAGACCCAGACGCCUUCACGGGCCAACAGAUGCACUCGCAUUUUUAUCGAUCCCCGGACGAGUUCAAGAACAAGAAGGUGGUAGUCGUCGGAUUGGGGAACAGUGCUGUCGACCUUGCGGUGGAGCUGUCGAUGAACCAAUCCCAAGUGUAUCUCGCGAUUCGGUCCCCGAUCUGGGUGGCCCCCCGCUGGCUCUUUGGCAAGCCCCUGGAUUACUACACCCUCCGAUUCAAUUACUUCCUUCCGUUUAUCGUUCUGAAACUCAUGGCCGCAUUCCUGUUCAGUCUCGCGGUCCCGGAUGUGCACCCGCUGAUGCGACCGAAGCGCCGACCCUUUGAGGCCCAUACGACAAUCAAUUCCAUUCUCCCCGAGCGGAUCUCGACGGGCACGGUCGUGCCAAAGCCGAACAUCAAGCGGAUUGGACCAGGCAAACGUGUGGAAUUCGAGGAUGGAACGGUGGUGGAGGAGGUGGAUGUCAUUUUCUGGUGUACCGGUUACAAGAUCUCGUUCCCUGCUCUCCAUCCCGAGGUCCUCACGGACGGGCACGGCGAUCUUUCAAAGAACCAGGUCUGGCUUUGGAAUUAUAUGCUCCCGCCUCGCCACCCGAACCUGGCCUUCAUCGGACUCUUCCAGGCCGUGGGCGCGCUCAUGCCUGUGGCAGAACUCCAGACCCGGCUCCUGGUGCAGGUGUGGUCCGGUAAAUCCAAGCUUCAGGAACCCAUCCCGACCGAUCCAGGAAAGAUGGACGAGGAGAUUUUGAAGAUGAAGGGAGAGAUCCGGAAGCAGUAUGGGGAUUCGCCCAGACAUACGAUUCAGGUCGAUUUCACGCCCUAUAACGAUAAGCUGGCGAAGCAGAUUGGGUGCUUUCCAAGCUUUGGGAAGCUGGUGAGGGCGUUUGGGGUGGUCGAGGGAGUGAAGUUGUGGCUGGAGACGAUCUUUGGGCCGCCGAUUCCAGUGCAUUUCCGGUUGGUGGGACCUCAUGCCUGGGUCGGGGAUGAGGACGAGGUGCGGGGUCAGGGAGAUGAGAAGGCGGGAGAGGCGGCGAGGCAGGCUAUUUGGGGGUAUUCGGGGAAGAAGAAGUAUGUGGACUCGAAGUACCUGAGGGACGAGACCGAGGAAUUGCUGGAGAAGGAGAAGAAGAAGAAGAACGGGGUAUUGGUACAGCCGCAAGAAAACCUUGUGGAUCUUUGAGCGGCCCUUCUUUUUUCG